UGGGCGCUGUUGGGUGCCGCCCGCUCGGUGCGGGGCUGCGGGGAAGGGAGCCCGGCGGGCUGGCGCUCCCCGUGCGCCCCCGCUCUUCAUGGCCCGGCUCCGUGCGGGGCCGGGGAGCCGCUCCCCCCGCGGGGCCCCGCUGCUGCCCGGAGCUCCGCCGGCUGAGCUGGGGCUCCUCCGUCGGCGGGGCUCCCCGGGGCUGCGCUGGGUUCCCGGGAGGGCCUGGUGCUGCCGGGGCUUUCCCGGGCGGGGGGUCGGGCUGAAGGACCCCGUUGGUGUUCUCCUUCCCUUGGUGUUUGCGUGUGGGUCUGGGAGUUUCUGGUGCAGCAGCUGCAGUGGGUUUUGGGUGCUGUCUUGACCCCCCCCCUUGGCCAGACGUGCAGGGCUCGGUCAGGUAAGUGGGUAGGGGGGAAUCUGAACUGCAGGAAAACUGUGUGUUUUCCUCCCGGAUCUGACUCCCUCUUGUUAGCAAAGACAGGCCUCUGCUUUGUUUAUAGUGAUGUGCUAGCUAAAAUGUUGUUUGUUUUGUGCUAACCUUCUCACUGUGUGGGGAAAAUAGCUGAUUAGUGACCUUCUUACUGUGUGAGAAAAUAGUGAGUCACUGAGCUGAGUUUACAGAUAGUGAUAAUGAGGAGACAGCCAGAAGUAGCUCAUCACCAAGGAUGGGGUAGCAAGAAGUAGUUAAUCACUUCAAGGUUCUUUUAUGUGUCGAGUAUGUUCUGCUAUACCAAUUAGGACAGAGCUGUGGCUGCUUCAAGGGACUUAUCAUCCUCCAGAAGUCGGCAAACUUACAGUAAACUUCUGCUGUCCUGCGGUGACUCAAUACCUUAAAAGGAUAAUGUGAGGAAGGGUCUCCUCACCCAAAUGACCACCGAGAAGCUCGCGCGGAAGUGUUUUGCCGAUGCAGCAAAACUUAAUACGCCUGCGCGAAAAGGCUGUUGGGUCAUCCUGAUGAAUCUGUAAGCCUGGGUGGAGUUAUGUGUUAGUUGCUGGCUUAGACAUAAAAAUAGCAAGAAAUAUAACUUCUGGAGCAAAAUGAAGGCAAGAGGGCAUCCCAAGCUCCCCUCGGGUAAUGUUGGAAGCCCAAAAGAGAAGCAAAGCUCAACGGGGCUGAUAAACAGCUGUGGCCCAGAACAGACAUGGAAAACGGGUGAAGAGCCAGUGGUUUGUGUGGCUACGGCACCGGGGGGCGAACCCGAAGCGAGGUGGAGGCCGCGUGGUCACAUUCUUAACGCUCCUCACAAGAAAUGUGUUGUGCAACUACCGAGAAGAAACGGAACGGCUCCCAGUACAACCAGAAGGAACGACGGCUUGACCGCACCCACCCUCCGCACAACGGGAAUAUAUGGUUUACCCCAAUUUUGUAGCUAAUGGAGGGAGGAGAAUCCAACACCCAGUCAUCGGGACGGAUUGAGGCGUUUGUCCUCCUCGCAUCCCCCACAAGGGACACCUUUUGAGUGCCAUGGGAAAAGGGAACAGAUCCUGCUCCAGCGAGGGGAAUGUGGAGGAGCCCCUGAGUCCCCAGGACAGAGGGAAAUCCCCACACGAAGAGAUGCCUCGGGACACAGAUGAAAGGCGACAGAGAAGACUUGUGGGCAGGUGCCCCACGCUCCAUCCAGUGUGGGUCGUGGUGCUGGUUGUGCUGGUGGCUCUGGUGCUGGCUCUGGCCGUGGCUGUUGCUGUACACUCAGCAGGAAGACGUGGAGGGGAUCCAGCUGUGCCUGCGGCUCUGGUGCUGGCCUGUCCUGAGGACUGGGUCGGGUACCGCAAUGUCUGCUACUCCUUCUCGAGGGCUGAGGGGAGCUGGGAGUGGAGCCAGGAGCAGUGCUCCUCGCAUGGGGCCUCGCUGGCCAUGCCCAAGAGCAAGGAGGAAAGGGAGUUCCUCUGGAGUCAGAAGGCCCAUGUUGAUUGCUGGCUUGGGCUGCGGAGACGGGGCGAGCGCCUGCAGUGGGUGGAUGGCAGCAGCUUCAACCAGACGUUUGAGGUGCAGGGCCAAGGAGAGUGUGCGUAUUUGUACGACGGGGCUGUCGCGAGUGCAGGCUGCUCCCAGUCACGGCCGUACAUCUGCAGCAAGCCCCAAGCGCUCGGGUGACAGCGGCGCUGGAGAAAGGACCUUUGCGUGGUGGGGCCUCACAGCUUGAGCCCUUCCAGCAGCGCAGGGGAGCGUGGGGGUGUCCUUCCCUCAGCUGCUGCUCCGGGUUGGUCCUGCAGGUGGGGAGAGGUGCUGGGAGCUGCUGUGUGCUGCCUGCACUGGGACCUCAAGCCUGGGACUGGUUCCUUCAUCCUCCUGGGCCCACCCCAGAACCCAUCUUGCUCCUCUCACACCUCACAGGUGAUGCUGAGCUGUGGUGAUGGAGCUGGAGCAGCUGCUGCCAGAUGAGCUGGGUGCAGCAAUGUCAGUGCAGGUCCCUGGCCCUGUGCAGGGUGGAGGGGACACAGAGCCAGGGGGUGAAGUGGCCCCUGUGGGGCUCCCUUGAAAGUUAGACUCUCACUCACACGCAAGCUUUUUUUUUUCCUGCUGUUUUGUAUUGUUUAUUAAAACAUGAUGUAUUUCUACAUGUGUUUGUCUCCUGCUGGGGCAGGGCUGUGUGCUGGAGGCAGCCCUGUCCCCUCCCCUCUGCUGGCACUUUCCAUCCCGCCUUUGGGAGCGUUGGAGGACACGGCUGUGAGGGGGUGUCUCUGCUGCCCAACAUCUUCUCCCUCCUGCCCUGGCAGUGUGGGGUGCUGGCGGUGGGAGGGGGUGGCUCCAGCCUGUGUCCCCGUGUUUUCCUGCCCAUGGGGGCCCUUGGGCCACCC